UGUCCCAAAUAUCAUGGACGUGUUUGGAUAGCUCUCCCAAAAUCCCAUUAGCUCUUCCAAGUUACCUGACCAGUUAGAAAAAAAUUAUAAGCUGGUAGGCACCUUAUAAGCUCUAAUUAACCCAAAAGUAGGCGACGCCAAACACCGUCUAAGCAGCAACUCUGCUUCACAAACACCCCUGUAACAGUAACACGCAAAGCUGAAUAGGGAAGCAGCAAACAGCCCUAGUUACCAUAGUACACCAGACUAAAGGAGGUAGGUUGGAGGAGGAGGGGAUGCUUGUCACAGGCGAGCCCGUCGGUGGAGAGAAGUUGUCGGAAGGAUUGGCCAUGUCCUGUCACGCGCCAAGGUUUUCCGACGCGUGACGGCUCCAAAGACCUCCGAUGACUCCUCUCGAUCUCGCAGAUUGCGCCCAUUUCAGGUAUUGAAAAGCAAGAAAGGAGGAGGAAUCGAGAGAAACUCACAAUGGGUUUGUGUUGGUGAAGCAGAACAGCAGAGAAAUAAGGCUAGGCGAGCUCCUGCGAUGCCUGACGCCCAGGGGCAGAUCUAUGUGUGACGGAUCUAUGUGUGAGCUUCCACAAUUAAAGUUUAAAUUUGUAGAAUAAUUUUUUUGAUUAUUUAGUAUUAGCCCAGCCCAAACUCAGUCCAGCCCACCCUAAUUUUUCCCAGCCCAGCCCACUUGCCUGCAAACCCUUCCCUCUCUCGACCUCGCUCUCGCUCACGGCUCACCCUCGCUGCCUCUCGCUCUCUGCCUCCUCCUCUUGCUCGUCCGCUCGUGCUUGCCCUCGCCCUCGCUGGCUCUCUCUUGCUCUCGCUCGGGCUCGGCCCCUCUUGCUGUCGCUCGCCCUCGCUCUCUGCCUCUCUUGCUCUCGCUCGUCCUCCGGCUCUUGCUGUCUUUCUCUUGCUCUCGCUCUCGCCCUCGCUCUCUGCCUGACUGCCUCUCUCUUGCUCUCGCUCGCCCUCGCCCCCACGCUCGCUCGGCCAGUCGGCUUCGCCCUCUUGCUCGCUGCCCUGCCUCUGAUUCUGGUCUUCGUUUUAACCCCCCCCCCCCCCCCCCCCCCCCAGCUUCCAGAUUUGCUUCAUUCGAGCCCAGAAAAGCUUAUGGGUCCAUACUCUAUUUCAAGCAUUGAGAAUUGCUGUUCAGACUGUAGUAUGUUACAUUUUGAGGCAAUUAUUCCAGUUGCAACUACAGUACUUGGUGAAGAGAUCAAACUGAGGUGCAUCGAGUACUUGGAGGUUUUCCCUUGGAAGGACAAGAAAGAGGAUCUUAAAAGCAGCUUCUGAACUCCAUCCAGUAGGCAUGCCUAUAUUGACCAAGAUUCAACCGGUCAAUUUGAUUGACACAAAAAAUGUUUUAUUGUCUGCUAUUCGCUUUGCCACAUCCAUUAGUGGGCCUUGCCCGCCAUUUGGUAAUGAGCUGAAAACAUCUGCCCAGGAACAAGUUGAAUACAUGCUUGGAGAAGACAACGAUACACAAUUCCUUACAGCUGAUGAAGAAGUUAAAGCAGAGGUAAGAAUGGGCCUUUCCGAGAUGUCUUUGUCAUUUGAAAGGGAAUUGUCUUCCCUCUUCUUGGAAUUUGACCUCAUAUCUGAGACAACAGAGAACAAAAUAAUGCAGAGCCUAUCUGACCUAGAUUGGAUGUGUAGUGUACUCCCAAAGAUGGAUCUAAUGAAGGAUUUUGUUGUUAACUGGGCAGAACUUUCCGGUAACAUCCUGAGAGUAGUCCAAGACAAGAAACUCGAGUCUCUCAUGUGGGGGUUCAAGGUGAAGCUAAUGGAAGUGACUGCCAAAGUCUUGGAAGCAGUCGGGUAUGGUACCAUAAUCAUUCCAGCGCCAUGCCGGGUCCAGCUGCUCAAAGCAUGGUUACCCUUCAUGAGGAAGAUGAAGCCUCUUCUGGAUUCAUUGGGCAAUGAGGACGAUAGUUUUCCCUACAAGAUGGACGAAGACCUCUGCCAGAGCAUCGAAGGGGCAAUCGUCUCAUUGAUACUGGCAUUGCCUUCGAACGAUCAAGCUGACAUUCUUGCAGAUUGGAUGAAGGGCGAGCAGGCGAGGUACCCCGACCUGACCGAGGCUUUCGAGGUGUGGUGUUACAGAACCAAGUCGGCGAAGAGAAGGUUGCUGGAGUGCAUGGAGAGAGAUGGCAAGGACAAUGCCACCCUUGCCCUGGAUUUGUCUCAAUGAUUUUGUUCAAUGCUAACUUAUCUUGGAGGGGUUGUCAAUGAUCCUACCUACCUCAGUCUCAUGAUCAAGUUUGAGCUUGUUGAUAUGCUAUUUGGAGUGGAGCACAAUAUCUUGUUUUAUCAAAAUGCUUUUCUUCUGGAGAAGACUAUAUGAAAUAGGAAGAUACGAUCUCAUUUAGUGUUUGGUAGAAAGAGAUCUUAUCGCUUGAUCAAUUUUUCUUCAAUUUAGUAGUGGGGUGGGGAAUUUAAGGAUCUUUUUAUUUAUAGAGAAUGUGUUAUGUUUCUUA